AUGUCCCCCGCGAGGGCAUCGUUCCCUCGGCCACUCCGAUUACUAUCUCAAGCGUUGCUUAUUGGUGGGUUAGUUUUUAUUGCAUGCCAAUCAGUCCUUCAUAUUCACACUCGGUUAAACGAGCCGCCGCCGAAAACACUUCGCCCUGGUCCGUUGUACAAGUUGGACCAAGCUCAACAAGGAAAUGGAGUCGAACAAAACGGAGACCUUUCUGCACCGGUUUGCCGGACAUUCCCCGCUGCUGCCUUCGCAGAAGAUGAGAUCCAAGUGGUUUUGAAAAUCGGGGCAGCCGAGACCGACAGGGUGAUGACCUCGCACGUCAACGGUUCAACGUCAUGUAUACCGAACCUUUUAGUGGUAUCCGAUAUAAGCCAGACGCUUGGCCCAUUCUAUGCCCACGACGUGCUGGCGGAUGUCAUCCACAUUCUAUCGGAGGGGGACCGACAGAUUUACCAGCAUCAGCGAGAAUCUUAUUACUAUUGGAACACGGGACUGCAGCCUAAUCAGGCGGCGCGGAACCUGGACCGAUAUAAGUUCCUCGCCAUGGUUGAAUAUGCCUAUGCCCAGAACCCGAAUGCGAAGUGGUAUGUGUUUACGGAGACGGACACAACGGUGCUUUGGGAAAACAUGGUACAACUUCUGGAACGCUUCGACUGGGCUGAUCCUGUAUAUAUUGGAUCACCCAGCCCGGGCAGACGGUGGGAAUCACAUUUUGGGUCACGGCCUACAUUUUUUGUCUACGGUGGAUCUGGAAUAGUACUCUCUGUCACUGCGAUAGAGAAGCUACUGCAGGGAAGUCGGGGGGGAAGCGGUGCUGGCGAUUUCACAUCCCGACUUUUGAUCAAUAAGUACCAGGACCUAGUCCGAGAUGACUGCUGCGGAGAUUCAGUCCUGGGCUAUGUUUCGUUUCAGGAAGGCGUCAAGAUACAAGGGCAGUGGCCAAUGUUCAACCCCCACCCCCUGCAUAAAACACCUUUAAGUAAAGCUUAUUGGUGUCAGCCCGCCAUCAGCUUCCAUAAGAGCGACUAUAUCGCCGCGAGAGAACUCUGGGACUGGGAACAAAAGUGGUGUCAGGAAAGAGGGCCAGAACAGCAGCAGCGCCCGAUCUUAUACCGCGAUCUCGUCGAUUUCUUCGAUUUUGCAUCUACCCCCGUCCGUAAUGACUGGAAUAACGUCGAAUUGGAUGCCUUUGAUGCACCCACAGAAGAAGCCCACGAAUCGUUCGACUCCUGCAAAGAAGCAUGCCAAAAGCACCCGGAGUGCUUCCAAUUCACCCACUACCGGAAGCGGUGCCGUAUGUCGAUUAUCAUCAACUUUGGAGUUCCUGCGCCGCCAAGCAAGUCCGACAUGGCUGAAGGUGUGCAUUCAGUAGCAGGCUGGGAUGUGAACAAGAUCCAGAAGUUCAAAACCGAUCAUGACUGUAAUGAGGUGGAAUGGCCGGAGCCAAGCAUAGAGCGGAUAUACUAA